UCCCUAAUUGGCUUUCAUUGCCAUUUCCUUCCAAGCACACAGUAUUCUUUUUCUUUCCCCGUCCAAAGGCAGCCGAGAAGGAGGCUUCUUCUACUGGCCGAGCCGUCCGUCUCAACGUGGGACCUCGAACCGGUGGACCUCGUGGCAGGGGAACGUCCUGGGACCGCCGAGGUGGGAGCAGGCGUUCAAGACCGACACCCCCAGACUGAGUGGACGUCCCCACAGCACUGCAGGAGGCACCCGCAUCAGCCAUCCUGCAUUUCCUGCGACUUGCUGCUCCUGCGCUGCUUCUUCAGGGCUCUGCCAUGGCCUCCCUCAGUCUGUGGGCUGUUCUCCUCUUCUUCCUGAUCAACUCUUCCAAUCAACUCGAGGACAACAAGAUCCCCAGCCUGUGCACUGGGCAGCCUGGGAUCCCAGGAUCCCCCGGGGGUCACGGCAGCCCCGGCCAGCCUGGCAGAGACGGGCGAGAUGGUCGGGACGCCGCUCCUGGGGAAAAGGGAGAACGGGGCGACAGAGGAGAGCCAGGAGUUUCGGGUGAGAGAGGUUUCAGCGGCGACAGAGGAAGCCCGGGAGAGAAGGGCGAGCGGGGCGAGCAUGGGGAGUGCGCCGUGGCCCCCAAGUCGGCCUUCAGCGCCAAGUUGUCUGAGGCGCGCAGCGCACCGGUGCCUGUAGAGGGCGCCGUUGUGUUCGACGCGCCGCUCUUGAACGAGCAGGGCGACUACAAUGUGGAGACGGGCCGCUUCACGUGCCGGGUGCCGGGGGUGUAUUAUUUCACCGUGCACGCCACUGUGUACCGCGCCAGCCUCCAGUUCGACUUGAUGAAGAAUGGCCAUGUGGUGGCAUCCUUCUUCCAGUUCUAUGGCAACUGGCCCAAACCGGCCUCGCUAUCUGGUGGCUCCCUGCUACACCUGGUGCCCGGCGACCAGGUUUGGGUCCAAAUGGCGCUGCAGGAAUACAACGGCUUCUAUUCCAGCUCUAAGACGGACAGCACCUUCACGGGGUUCCUGGUGUACUCGGACUGGAAGAACUCCGCUGUGUUCGCCGUGUAGGGGGGCGCCACUCGCAUGUACGCAACAUGCUUGCGCACAGACUGGAAGCGUUUGAAGAAAUGUAAACACACACGCUCUCGUUCCCACGACUCGUGCUGUAGGUUAGGGGUCUCCAACUCCGGUCCUGGAGAGCUACUAUCCAGUAGGUUUUCUAUCCUACCUGGCUUCUGAUGAGCCACAGUAGUUCUCAGGUAAAUACCAGGAGCAGGUGUGGCUCAUUAGAAGCCAAGUGGGACAGAAAACCUACUGGAUAGUAGCUCUCCAGGGCCGGAGUUGGAGACCCCUGCUGUAGGUGUUGUAUGUGUUUAGCCACUUAGCAAGUGCACAGCUCAUUUAGUCAGCCGGACAUUUCACUGCAGCGACACUUUUAUGUAAAAUAAACCACCAAAGGUUCAACAGUGGAGCCACUGGCCUUUUAGUCCUGAUUGCAGUUCCUUAACUGCUAUAGCAGCUGCUGCCUUUUCAUGCAAAAAUGAGCAUAUUUGACAGGUCAGUAAAAAACAAUUGGGCGAAUGGUAUGUGAUGAGGGACCAGGUGGGAGUCACAUGACAGGAAGUCAAAGAUCGUCAAGCAGAGCAGUGGUUAAAUUCCAGACUGUAUCUGACACUUAGAUUCCCUUCCAGUCAUCCCUAAAACGUUUGGCUCUUACCUGCAGAGUCUCUGCGAUGCAAAGGCAUGCCAUCAUUCUCCCCACAUCAGUGCUGCUUUGCAGUGUUCUGGAGGCAUGCAGGAAAUGCGGUCUUAACCGCAUGGGCCGGUCCUGCUGUCUGGUGAGAUGGUGAUCUCACAAGGCACCGAUCCAUCGGCAGCCGGCCAAAGCUGACCUCAUGGCCACAAGGUGUCAGACUCCACCUUUAACUGCCUCCGGGUGGCACAAGGACUUGGACGCCGCCCGCUGGGCAUUAAAGGUAUAGCACACACGCAUACUUGCAAAUGUGACGCAGUGCUGUGUACUUUAACAACCUGACAACUUUCCAUGCAGCUUAUUUAUAUGCAUGUAUAUGUAUACAGAUGCUCCUCAACUUUGGAUGACUGUAUGUUCAGAUGAAUCGAUUGUAGCUUGAAAAUAUCUUCGAAUAUGAAUAUCAUAUGAUACAAUGUGAUAUGAGUGUUUAGUAGAUAUAAUGUGUUUGGGAACAUUUGGGUUAGAAAGCCAAAAAGCAUUGCAUGACACAUGGUUCAACAUUGUAAGUGAUGUUAAUGCUUGCAAUUAACAUCUCUUACACUACAGGCUGGAAUUGUAGCUGCGUGGAUUCUGCCAGCACCCAGAAUCAGUAGAAAGUAUCGCAGGGCAUAUCGUUAGCCAGGAAACAAAACUCAGUCUGAUAAACCCUGAAUGUGCUUCACUAUCAUACCAUUAUUAAGUCUAAACAUUAAGUCGAACCAUUACAAGGCGAGGAACAUCUGUACACACACCCGGUCUGUGAACAUAUUCUCCACUUAAAAUACUCACCAGCUGUUAUCCGCAGGUCAGCUAUUAAACACAACAUAUCUUUAUACCAGCUAUUCUUUCCCUUUAACUCAGACACUGUAUUUCUUGUUUUUCCUCUGUGUUUCUGUAUAGCCUAGAGACAGGGCAGCUCAUGUCGCUGCCUUAAACCUGAAAUUAAGCUUUUACAGUUUUUCUGCUGGAUAUACCAAUCCUUUGUCAUUGUCUCACAAGUCAAUCGAGCACAAAGAGUCGACUUUUCCUAAUUAAAUCUUUUUCUCUGCUCAGUGUGAUGUCUCUAAUUGGCCUAAAGGUGACACCUCUGUGGAGAUCAGCGCGCUGCUCUUAUAGGUCAAUUUGUUUCAUUUAUAUGACCUCACAUCCUGAAGGGUCUUGGCAACACAUCACUUCCUGUCCAGAGCAGUGCAGCUCAGUGCUGGUGAGAGCAGAUGCUGUGCCCAUUUGGCCUGUGCUUACAGACAGGGUGCCCGCCAUUACAUCAUUGUUCUUUGGCCUGAGCAUUGUAGGCUGGUAUUUGUACAUUUUCUGCCAGGCCUCUCUCUGAGGUCAGUGGCGGCAGUCAUUUCCCUACGUCAGUGUCUGUUCCUCGGGGACCCACAGGUCCUACCAGGAGCUGGGAGGGAGCAAAAAUAUGGACUGUCUGGCAAGGAGUUCGGAGGGAGCAAAAACAUGGACCAGCUUUGGGUCCCCGAGGACCGGAUUGGGAAAUACUUCUCUACAUCUGCAACUAUCCAAAAAUGUAACCACACACUUAGUGGUUUCGACUGUGGAGGAUGAAAAGGGGAAAAAUGACUCUACCCAGUCACAUGAUUUUGCUAAAUUAUGUACCAUGAACUGGUACCUCACAUCCUGUUGCAUGAACUUUAAAAAGAACUGAGAUAGUAGCCUGAUUUUUCAUUAGCUUACUCUGUGUGACCCAUAAUACCAGGUGCAAUGGCCUGGCAGCCAUUACAAACGAUUACACACCCACAUUACAAAGUGUUCAACAAUGAUACUUUCCUUAAGUUCUUAGGUAAUAGUAAUUCAUUAACAAUUAAACAAUAAAGUCUCAGAUGAAAUGUCA